GACUCCGUCUUCGGCCGGGUGGCGCGCCGCGUCUCGUCGGCUGGGGGCCCCCCGACCGACCUGAAGUCGCGCGAAGCCCUCCAGGAGCUUCUGCGCAUCAAGGACUUAAACACCGUGGAGCCUAGUAAUCUGGGUUGCUACGAUCUUGAUCCGGUGAAUUUACUCACCAGUGGCGUUUCCGUGAAGGACAUGGAAGACCUGUUGCCCGAUCAGCAGCGGGCUAUGCUCUCGGACCCCGACCGCCACACUUUCAGAGACUCGUCCGAGCUCGAGUAUGACACUGGCCACCUCGCUCCGUACUGGGAUCCAAAGCUAAGGUUCUGCGCUUCCGACCGUCGGCGCCUGAUCUUUCGGCAGGACAUGGAAGACUUGUUGCCCGAUCAGCAGCGGGCUAUGCUCUCGGGCCCCGACCGCCACACUUUCAGAGACUCGUCCGAGCUCGAGUAUGACACUGGCCACCUCGCUCCGUACUGGGAUCCAAAGCUAAGGAAGAAAGAUCGGCUGCAGCGCCUCAUCGCUGACGCCGGUGAGCCCAACAGGAUCUGCAAGCGACCUCCCCACUCGCGGCUAGGCACCGUGACCGCGCUGACGGGCGUCGAGCUGUCGGACGCAGCCAUCCGGGCCAGCAGCCAGGACGAUGGGGACCUCAGCUGGGUGAAGCCGUCGGCUGGGAGCGUCGACCUCUACAACGGGUUCUACCAGUUUCGGAGCCAGCGCAUGGG